AUGUUUGCCCCCAACGUUGUUGGCACAGCAAAUGCUACAGCAGCCGGUUGGGGCAACUUGGGAGGUGGUGUGACCCAGAUCUUCAUGAUGUCGGUUCUGUUCAACCCAAUGGUGGCUUCCGGGUUGGCACCGAACGUUGCCUGGCGUGUGUCCAUGGCGGUGCCAGCGGUGAUGUUCGUCCUGUGUGCGAUUUCCAUGAAGCUCUUGUGCUGGGACAUGCCGACGGGGCGUAAAUAUGAUCCCGCAGUGACCGGCAAGACCUCCAAGCCGUCGAUGUGGGACUAUGUCGAAGUCCUCCGCGACAUUCGCGUGGUGGUGAUGAUUUUUCAAUAUUCAGCUUGUUUUGGUACG